CCAACAACCAUGGCCAAAAUAACAAGAAAAAAAAAAGCCAGCACAAGAUUACAUCCAUUUUCUUUGUGUGAAAGGCCUGUCCCUUUUUCCUUUUUUAUUUCUCUUCUUUGACUACUUUAUAUUCAACGUUUUCUUCUUGUUUGUCGGGUUCUUUUUAUUGGACUUCUGUUAACUGACAGUAUAUAUAUAUAUAUAUAUAAAAAGAAAUACCUUUGGAAUGAGAGAAAGAAAAGCUCGACAGGCGGCGUCUACGGCGCGUGAAGCCAUUUCCGUCAUACACGUCGAGCAACCUGUACGUACACGUAAACCGAAUCGCGGAAAACGCAAAAUAAAAGCCAAAGAAGAAUCUGAGAAAUCAGACGUUGCGCAAGGUGAUUUUGAGUUGGCGCGCCAGGAGAAUUCAGAAAAAGACAUUGUCCCAAAAACACGAGGAAGAAAACCAAGUAACCAAACAACCAACAAACGAGUCUCCAAAGACGUCGACGACAAAAACCAAUCCGUGAAACGUAAACGAUCAAGCACUGAGAAUGAACCCGAGCCAACGCGACGUCGACCUUUGAGCCCACCUCUCACCGAUACAUCCAUUGAACGACCACGCAACGUUGACAGAGUUAUCUACGGUCGCGCCGAAAUCGGGGCGUGGUAUUAUGCUCCGUAUCCCAGUGAAUUUGGUGCCUUGAUUGACCGACUCUACAUUUGUGAACGAUGUCUACAAUACACCAAUCUGGAAAAACAGUAUUUGGCACACAGGAUGCAAUGCCAGCGGAGGCGACCACCCGGCAAGGUUAUCUAUAAAGAGAAUAAAAUCAAGGUCUAUGAAGUGGAUGGACGCGACGACAAGCUCUAUUGCCAGAAUUUAUGUCUGUUUACCAAGCUAUUUCUGGAUCACAAGACGCUGUACUAUGAUGUGGAAGGCUUCAAGUUUUAUGUGCUGACAGAAACCAGUGGUCGCCUUCGAACCGAUAUUAUGGCGGGUUACUUUUCAAAGGAAAAGAUUUCCUAUGACAAUUACAAUCUAGCAUGUAUCAUGACGCUUCCCACCCAUCAACGAAAGGGCUACGGACGCCUGCUCAUCGAAUUAAGUUACGAGUUGUCGAGAAGAGAGGGGGUUAUAGGGUCACCUGAGAAACCACUCUCCAAUCUUGGUUUACUGGGGUACCAGUCGUUCUGGGCAUCCACCUUAUUAUCCGCGCUUCAUCCAUUGAAAAGCAACGUCACCAUCGAGGAACUGUGUUGGCAGACGGGUAUUCACGAAGAAGAUGUGAUUAGUACCUUGAAAAGACUGGAUUUGCUGGAUUAUUGGAAACCCCCAUCGGGAGACUCCGAGAUCCCCCUCGAAAUCUGUAUCACUCACCAAAUGAUGAAUCAAGCCAUGACGAAAUUCAACAUCAAGCUGGGAAGACGAUUGAAUCCCGCCCUUCUUCAACUGCAAUAAACCCCACUUUCAAAAUCAAUUCAUGUAUAAAAUAAACCAGAUCAUCCUAUGUCGUUAUACUAGAAAGUGACAGAAAAUAAACAAAGAAUCAAGCAUUAAGUGUUAAAGUGGCGUGAAAUGUUUCAGAAUGAUGAAUGAGCAAAUAAAAUACAACUUUUUGAGCCGACGGUUCACUUGUUCUCUUCUGGGUUUCUCCUAAUGACCGAUACAAAGCCAGAAAGAGCACCUGUCAGGUACGUUU